AUGGCAUCCGUACUUGGAAACAACAGCCGCGCGUCCGGGGCUCAGAGCGGCCAAGUCAAAUGCAAGCUGAAGAAGAGGAGGAGGAGGCGAUCUAAGAGAAAAGAGAAAUUCAGUAUGCUGUCAGCAUUGAUCGCCCCCUUCAAGUACAUAAGCCCUGGGACCAGCGGUACAGAGGACGAGGACAGUUUAAGUACCAGCAGUGCAGAGGUAAAGGAAAACCGUAACAUCGGUAACUUAGAAGAUCGCACCAUAGGAUCUGCAGAGUGCCAGUCGCUCUUCUGCUCUGACUCUACGAGAAGCGGCAGCUCUGCUCUGAAAAGGAAACGGCCGCUGGAGGAAGACAACAAGGGGCACUUGUGUCAACUCCGCCUGAUCUAUAAGAAACUGUCCUGGUCUGAGGCUCCAAAGAACGCUUUGGUGCAGCUGAAUGAACUCCGGCCGGGCCUGCAGUACCGCAUGGUGUCUCAGACAGGCCCAGUGCACGCUCCUGUCUUCUCCAUCGCUGUGGAGGUGAACGGGCUGACCUUUGAGGGCACAGGCCCCACAAAGAAGAAAGCUAAGAUGAGGGCUGCCGAGCUGGCCCUCAAGUCCUUCAUCCAGUUCCCAAACGCUCCUCAGGCCCACCUAGCCAUGGGAAACAUCUCCAACCCUUCAGCCGACUUCACCUCAGACCAGGCGGACUUCCCUGAAACGCUCUUUAAAGAAUUUGAGUCCUCGCCAUGCUCCGAUGGCCUCUCGCUCUGCAGCACAGCAGCUGAGAGCAAGCUACUGUCGAGUGAGCUACUGAGACAUGGACGGUUGCUUCGCCACACCUUGGACCUGAUGGUUCAGGCUCAGCAGAGGCUGGGUGGGAUUGUUCCAGAGCCUGAGGCUCCCAAGAGCCCUGUGGCAUUGCUAAAUGAACUCCGGCCGGGCCUGCGCUAUGCUUGCCUUUCAGAGCAAACUGAAGGGCGACGGCUGCGUAGCUUUGUGAUGGCAGUGCGUGUGGACGGGCGGAUAUUUGAGGGCUGUGGUCGCAGCAAGAAGCUGGCCAAGACCCAGGCGGCCCAGUGUGCUCUUCAGGCCCUCUUCAACAUCAGGACAGCCCCUGAGGGGAGGACAGGCCUCAAAGCCAGCAGGAAGAGUUGUCCUCAUUUACCCCAGGACUUUGCCGAUUCAAUAUUCCACUUGGUGAGGGAGAAGUACCGGUCGCUGGUGGGCGGCUGCAGUCCUGCGCACGCUCGACACAAAUCCCUGGCAGGCAUCGUAAUGACCCGAGGCCUGGACCUGCGGCACGCCCAGGUGGUGGCGUUAUCCACGGGCACCAAGUGCAUAAACGGGGAGUAUCUGAGUGACCAGGGACAGGUGGUCAAUGACUGUCACGCUGAAGUCACGGCCCGGAGAGCCCUGCUACGCUUCCUCUACUCACAACUUGAACUCUUCUUAAGUAAAAGCCCUGAGGACUGGGAGGAGUCGAUAUUCAUGCGGCACAAGGAGUGUGGCUACAGGUUGAGAGACAACGUCCAUUUCCACAUGUACAUCAGCACCUCACCAUGUGGUGACGGGAGACUCAACUCACCCUACGAAAUCACCACUGACCUCCACAGCAGCAGACACCUCAUGAGGAAGCACCGCAACCACCUCCGGACCAAAAUCGAGUCAGGCGAGGGAACGGUGCUGGUGCGAUGUCGGGGGCCCGUCCAGACGUGGGACGGCGUCUUACAGGGCGAGCAGCUCAUCACCAUGUCCUGCACAGACAAGAUCACCAGAUGGAACAUCCUGGGCCUGCAGGGGGCCUUGCUGAGCCACUUUGUGGAGCCGGUGUACCUGCACAGCAUGACCGUCGGCAGCCUGCGCCACACGGGUCAUCUGGGCCGAGUUCUGAACCAGCGGCAGGAGCGCCUCGGUCCACUGCCCGCCACAUACAGACGCAACCAGCCUCUGCUCAGUGGCCUGAGCAGUGCUGAGUAUCAACAGCCAGGGAAGGCCUCGUGUGUGAGCGUCAACUGGACGCUGGGCGACGCACAGUUGGAGGUGGUCAACACUGCCACGGGACGGAGACGGGACUCAGGGACACCCUCGCGUCUCUGCAAGCACGCCCUGUUCACCCGCUGGAGCAGACUGUACCGCAAGCUGGGGAUCCACAUGGCCGGCUCGGCGGACCGCCAGCUCAUGUACUGCGAGGCCAAGAUGGCGGUGCGUCCUUACCAGACAGUGAAGCAGCAGUGGUUCAGAUCUCUGCAGGAAACGGGCCUCGGCACCUGGGUGAAGAAACCACCUGAGCAGGAACAGUUCCUACUGUCGGUCUGA